AACCAACCAGUAGGAAGAUGACAACCGAGCUAGUUUGGAAACACAAAAGAAAUACCCUAUUAGUUGUGAGAACUUUCUAAGACAUUUUCUGAUCACUGCUGGUUACGAAUGCUGUCAGCAAGAGAUGUUUUUGUUGGCGUCAUGCCCACCGGCACCGAUCUGUGAAGCAGAAGUACAAAUACUCCUUCUAUACGGUUCAAAGAUUUAAGAUGUUAUCGUUAUUCUUGUGCUGGCAGUAACUCUGGAAGACGUAAUACGUAUUUAGCCGUCUUAUAACUUAUUCAUGGAAGUUUAGAACAACAUCUUAUUUAAAGCAACUAUGUUUUAUAAUGAUUAGGUAAAUCUCAAAAUUAUUUAUCGCCACACUUUUCAACCGUCUGUGAGAACGAGAAUAUACCAUGUAUGGAAUUAAUAUCAAACAUUAACUGUAGAAAAAUUGUCUGAAACAAUAUGUUUGCUCUUUCACAAUAUUUUUUUCUUUAUGGUGCAAAAUAUACAAAUAAUUGACUACAAAAGCUGUUGUAAUUUUUUCUAGUAUAAUAUAUUAUUCUUACUUUCAAUUUCUUGAAGCUGGAUCGGAUAAAAACAAUGGAUCGGAUAAGACAUUAUUUUGCCUUAUGGCUGUUCCUGACAGCAAUCCUCUUCUUUACGCGAUCACACCUUGCGGCUAAGAGCUCUCAUCUAAGAGAUGCGGUUCGUCGUCAGAAACUUGAUGACUUAAGCCUAGCACACUUCGAUGCUGAUGUGCUUCGUCUUCUACAAAAAGAAGAUUACGUGUCUGCCGUUUUACAUUAUAUAGAGCUAAUGCGUAACCGUAGCGCAUCUCAUAAUUGCAGUACAACGUCGCUGAAAACUCAUUUUAAAUACCCUUUGUCAAAUCAUUCAUAUAAACCUUUUGAAAAACAAGCCCGUGCUGCACUGAAGACAUCCAACAUUUUAAAUAAUCUCUUCAUAAAGGCUUCCAAUGAAACAGAGGUUUUAUAUAAUGAAGCAUUUUACUAUUCGCUUGUUACAGUCAACGUUGAAAGCGAUGUUGUUAUAAUAGGAAGUACCAUCGCUUUUAAGAAAGAUGCGUUCAUUUCUCGGAACAAGUCAUCUUUAACUUUCUUUGCUCCGUACGCAUUUCGACAAAACGAUCAUGUAGCCACCAAGGACUUAUCCAAAAGUUACAAGAUAUCCUAUGACACUGAAGGAUCGGUAGGAAACGAAUGGUUUUGGGUUCAUUCUGAAAAAAAUAUUUCGCAGUUUCUGUUGCAAAAGUAUGGUCCUGAGUUUUCACAGUAUUAUAGUGGCCUUCUCGAUGGUAACAAAGAUUUGUUAGUCGGGAUCGAAGAUGGACAGUGGACAUCUCCAUACUUCGAUUGUGGAGGUGAAAAUACAUGGAUUAUAUCAUUCUCGGCUCCUUUCUUCGGUCGUCAGGAAGACGAUCUUAUUUUCAAGGGAGUGUCUAUGGUGAGCAUCGAUCUUAGUAACGUAGACAUUGACCAGUGCUCUGAAGACAGAGGGAUGUUUGCCGGUACACAUAAGUGUGAAACUCAAACAACAGAAUGUGUUCCCAUAUCUGGGAUGGGAUUUCGACGAGGAGCUUAUAAAUGCUGCUGUCGAGAAGGAUAUUUUUUUCCUAACGGGACGCAAGAUAAAUCCGUGAACUGUUUCGAAGGUACAGCUGUUGAAAAACAUUUCGUGGCCAGUUUAUUAAAUGACAAGUCUGUGGAAAAGAAAGGACUUAAAUACCCAGAAAGCUUCACGUGUCUUCCUUGUAAGCCUGGUUGUGCCAGUUGUGUGGAUGAUAGCCCAUGCAGUGUAGAGUACAACAUUCUUCUCAGAAGUAUAGCUCUUGGACUACAGAGUUUCUGCACAACCAUCACCAUUGUUCUAACUGUCGUUGUCUUUCGACUGAGAAAGUCCAAGAUGAUAUCCAGUUCUAUAUGGAUCUUACUGGAGACUCUGCUGUUGGGUGCUGUGUUACUUUAUCAAACGAUGGUUAUUCGCUAUUUCGAACCUUCAGUAGUUACCUGCCUUGCUGAGCCAUGGUUCAGGGAACUGGGGUUUGCCAUAUUCUACGGAACGAUCGUUCUGAAGGUUUACAGAAUCUUAGCGGAGUUUCAAACCAGAAGAGCACAUCGAGUUUGUGUAAGGAACAGAGACUUGCUGAAAUAUUUGCUGGGAGUUAUUUUGGUGGUGGUGGGUUAUAUGGCUGCAUGGACAGCUGUUGUCGUGGAUAGCACUAGCAAUGGCCACAACGUCUUGGAGGAAGGCAGGACUGUGGAAGGGCUCAUCUUUUUUACCUGUCGAGCACUCUGGUGGGAUUACGUCACCGAAGUAGGUGAGCUUGCCUUCUUGUUCUUUGGAAUUUAUUUAACUUACCGCAUCAGGAAUGCUAAAGCAGACUGGUUUAGAGAGAAAAUGGUUUUGUUUGCCGCUAUUUAUAUUGAAGUGAUCGUAUCGUUCGUUAUAUACGCAAUUAGGCAUACCAUGAGACUCUCCCUCGGUCCAGACUUUGUAUUCUUUCUGUUUUUCAUUCGAUGCCAGCUGACUGUUUCUGGUAUUCUAAUCCUAGUAUUUGGCCCAAAGUUGUGGUACCACUACCGGCCUCCGGAUCCCAGUGAACGGCCGCACACUCGACACUUUUCGUCUUUUGACGUCCACGAUCACCUUCCGGAAGCAAUGAAGCUACACGAAGCAAUCAUGUCUAACUGCGAGCUGGAUCUUGCCGAUAUCAAUCUAUCCGACAUGGAUCCCGAAGAUAUCACAGCUGAGCUUCGCCGUGUUUAUACCCAUCUUCAAGUUCUCCGUAACAAGACCAUGAGGAAGGACAAUCCUCACAUUUCCAAAAGACGUGGAGGGCGAAAAGUAACACACAGAAGGUUUUCUCUGCAGGCUUUUCACAAACAUAAACAACAUCAUCAUGACUACGACCAUGAGUUUACCGAAAUAUCAAAAACUCCUGAAGAGUCAGUAGCGAGUGUAGAGGGCGCUCCGCUCCAGGGAGAUGGACCGUCGAUCAGAAAUGAGGACAUAAUGGCUGCUGCAUCAGUCAGCUUUAAAAAUGGACUUAAGUAGAAAACACCAGUCGAUGUAUUCAGACACUAAUAGGUGCUAGUUGAGUAAUUCUGUAGAUAUUCUUCAUAUCAAUGGAAGAACUUUUUGAUUUAAGUUAUAGAAGCCAGUCGUCACACCUUUUAUGACGUAUUUAAAGUUUAUUAUACAAUUAGCUUGUAAAGUUAAAUAGUUUCUACCAUUAUGAAUAGAAAUUGAUGUUAAAGAUUUUACUUCAACAUUUUUUAAAAACUCCAAAAAAAUAAUUUAAAUUUUAUGUUGGGAAAAGCACAACAUAGCUAUAAAACAAUGUAUUGGAGUAUCUAAAAUGUAUUUAUCCAAUAUAUAUGUUCCUUAUUGGGAACAUACCAACAGUGUUCCUGAUUCAUAAAGGUAAAGACUUUCAUAAGAAUAAUAUUUUUUACGUGUUCAGCAAAGAAACUAGUAAAUAAAAUUUCUCAUCCGUUAUAAUAUAAUUUAUAUUCUGGAACCUGACCGACCUUCAGAGUAGAACAGAAACAAUUAUUAGACUCGCGAAAUGAGAUCGUUCGAGUAAAACUAGGUUAAUAUUUUCUUUGGUGAAAUAUACAUUUUUUUUCCUGAAUAUAUGGCGUGUCAAUAUUCUUGUUUGUUAAUAAAAUACCAGAUAUAACCAUUAUUGGAUGCAAAAGCUUAUAUACGUGUUGUUUCACGUUUACUGAUACAUUAAGCUGCUUGAAUAUGAAAAUUACCAUAAUAAUCUCAGAGUUAGACUUGAGUUUAUUUCUUUUAUACACAACUGGAACUUCUCACUUAUCUCGACAAAACCUAUUGAUUAUGUGAACAGCUAAUGUAAUAACGUAGAUAGAAGAACAAAUGACAGCUCAUAAAGAUAUGAUCAUUAAUUACAUGCGCACAGCGACAAUGAUUUAAAUUGGAGGCAUACCAACAAUCUUACAAUAACAUGUUUAUAGGCGAUAUACAUGGGGAAAAAAACCUAGUAAUAAAAUAUAAAACAAAGGACAACUUUAGUGUUCUUGCUGGUCCGCUCUUGACAACUCCUAUACAUAUACAUGCAAACCUAUAUCUGGUUGUUUCCAAAGUUUGGAUUAUAUUAUGUAGAAUUAUUAUGUUACAAAAGUAAUAAUUUUGUUUCUUUAAAAAGGGCCUAUAAGUGAAAUAAAGAGUCAUUUUUCUUAUGCGGGUUUAUUGUUCAUCAACACUCUCUUAUGUCACACUAAUAGCGAUUAGUAGGCUUAGUUAAAAAUAAUCGACAGUUGUUGAGACCACCUUUUGAUUACCACACUGAAGCAGAAGAAAAUAUUACAGCACCUAGAUGUAAACAUUAACCAAAAACGUUAUACUCUUUGACUUUAUUUAUGAAAAACAGUUCACCCUACUUUAAAGAAGAGUUGUUGAGAAACAUUGAAGAAAAUGUAUUUUGUGUCAUAUAUAUCUCUAGUAUCAAAACCUAGAUACAAGCCUAAAAUAG